GUUGCAAUAGCCUACUCAAGGUAUUGGAAGUAUACUGGGGUGCCUUGGUAGCCUACAUUUGAAUAUCCACCCAUUGCAGUGAAUCAUGACUUAUGAAUCCUCAUGAGUGACAGUAAUGUUAUUUACAUUCACUUCCACAGACAGGAGGAGAUCUCAAGGAGCAGAUGAUCUAAUGACUUAACUGACAUUUUCCACUUUCUCAUUCCAAUGCUUCUGCCACCAGACAUUUCAUUGGUCAAGGAAACCAUACAACUUGUACACAGGGAGAGACAGUAAAGUACAUUGAAUUAUAAUUGGCGGAGUACAGAGACUUUGAGAAUGUAAAAGAUUCCUCUCCAGUCUCUUUCAUUGAUGAAACGAAUGCUUGUGAUCUGUAUUAAUAGAGCAGACCUAUGUGAAGGAUGUAUGCUCUAUCCAUGCUGUUCAUCAGAGAAAAUCCCCUGGCUGGAAAAGUCUACAGUGGGCUCUGGCUGGCCAUGCAGCUCCAUACCAUCGGCAGUGGUUCGGGCGCGUCUGCAGGAGCGUGGUGUGGUAGUCCGGGAUGUGAAGCUGAACGGUUCAGCAGCCAGCUAUGUGCUCCACCAGGACACCGGCCUGGGCUACAAGGACCUGGACCUUAUCUUUGGCCUAAACCUGACUGAUGACAAGACCUUUCGUGUGGUCAAAGAUGUGGUCCUGGACAGCCUGGUGGACUUCCUACCUCCGGGGCUCAGUCGUGUCUCGCCCAUGACCCUCAAAGAGGCCUACGUCCAGAAGCUGGUGAAGGUGUGCAACGACACAGACCGCUGGAGCCUGAUCUCCCUCUCCAACAACACGGGGAAGAACGUGGAGCUGAAGUUUGUGGACUCUCUGCGUAGGCAGUUUGAGUUCAGCGUGGACUCGUUCCAGAUCGGUCUGGACUCACUGCUGCUGUUCGACCGCUGCUCAGAGACGGCCAUGUCCAUGUCUGAGAGCUUCCACCCCACCGUGGUCGGAGAGAGCAUGUAUGGGGACUUCCAGGAGGCCCUGGGACACCUCCGCACCAGGACCAUAGCCACGCACAGCCCUGAGGAGAUCCGGGGCGGAGGACUGCUGAAGUACUGCCACCUGCUAGUGCGGGGGUUUAAACCGGACUCAGAGGCUCAUAUGAAGCUGCUGCAACGCUACAUGUGCUCUCGUUUCUUCAUCGACUUCCCAGACAUUGGCGAGCAGCAGCGUAAGCUGGAAGCGUAUCUCCAGAACCACUUCAACGGCAUGGAGGACAAGCGCUAUGACUGCCUGGUGACGCUGCGGCAUGUGGUGGACGAGAGCACCGUGUGCCUGAUGGGCCAUGAGCGCCGCCAGACGCUGGCACUGAUCUCAGCGCUGGCGCUACGGGCCAUGGCAGAGCAGAACGCCAUCCCGGCCCUGGCUAAUAUCACAUGUUACUACCAGCCGGCGCCUUACGUCAGGGACGUCAACUUCAGUAACUACUACAUAGCGCGGGUCCAGUCGCCCAUGGGUAGCUCUUAUAGUAACUCUUACCACAGAACAUGGCUUCCUUGCAGCUGAGUGAUGUGGAUCUGUGUAAGAGGACUGUGUUGUAUGUUUUGUUUUUUGAGCUUCUAGUUUCUCUGUUUUAGUCUCAAAUGGUACACUAUUCCCUAUAUAGUGCAGUACUUUACAUGACCAGGAAAAUAUAUAGGGAAUAGGGUGCCAUUUGAGACACACCUCUGUCUCAUGGUAACGUGAGCUGAGCAGUUUGAUAGAGUGCUUUGCUCAGUCCACCUGUAGCAAAAUGGCUUCUUGUGGGAGACUUGAGGACAAAGUCCAAUGAGGACCAAAAAAAAGGAAACAUUUGUAUUGAAUUGUAUAUUUUUGCCAAAUCUUCAACUGCAACCAUUCCCACUAAGUUAUAUCAAUGAAUACUGCUGUAAAUCUGAUUUGAGACGUUGUUAUGAUGUUUUGUUAGCUUUUUUUUCUGAAGCGUUGGCUUCUUUGAUAUAUGUUUGGUGAAGACUGGUGGUAUAUUUUGAUUUUUAGAAAACGGUUGAAAUGUGAUGGAAUAACUUUUCAGCUUCCCAGUCGCGAUGAGGGACUUUAAGUGUAUUUGGAUCCAUAAAAGGAAAUAUAAGAAACCGGAAAUCUGAAUUCUGUUCUGACUGUGGUUUCAACUGAUCUUUUCAUUUGAAGAUGUAAGGACCAAAUAAUACAAUUUUUGUGUAGCGUGAAGAAAACAAAACAGACUUUUGUGAUUCUAAGUGCCUGAAAUACCAAUCAACAUCUUAAAGUAGCUUACUUUGUAAAUGAAAUAACUGUUUUUGGAUCUUUUUCACCCAGGUUACUGUACAUUUCUCGAUCCAGGGUCAGGGUAUUUCUUUUUCAAAUAAUAAAAAAAGAUACAAAAUGGAAA